CAAAAACCUCACCCAAUGCCACCAAGACACAACCCAAACAACCCAAGGCCCCAUACAAGUCACCACCCGCCAAGCUAGCCCUUUCGCUACUAUGGAUAAACUGAGGAAGCAUUUGGACAAGACCUGUUCUGCAGCUGUGAAAGAGGUCCAACAGGUGCCCUUGGGCCUGGCAAUCUGGCCUAAAGAUGGCCUGAGUUUCCAGCUUCUCAUGGAAUGCAAGGAGGCGCUGGAGGUCCUCCUACAAGGAGCCAAGGCUGAAGUCGAACAGAACUGGGCCAUAUUCACCCUUCCAAAUGCCCCACAAGAGUAUACUAGCUACAACAGGACCCAAAUGCCCAUAACUGAACAUAUGACCCUGGAAGAAUUCAAGCUCCAGACAGGCCUCUCCCCUCUGAAGUUCUACCGAUCAAGCAAGAGCCCGCUUUCAGGCACCCUCAUCAUGGCUGUCCCAGAGACCCAGGCCCAGAUAGUCCCUAGGUGGGUCCACCUCUUUGGCAAGAAUGUACAGAUUAAACAGAAGCCCUUUUGAACUCAUAUAUAGCAGUGCACACUGUGCUGGGACUACCAUAACCCCCAGACCUGCACCCGCACUCCCAGAUGCCGCAUCUGCAGCAAGAGAGACCACACUGAAGAGACCCAUUCCUCUUCCAAUGAUGAGGAGAGACCUCAGACCCAUGCUGUACAAACUGCUGCGGACCUUUCCCAUCAGACC